GAUGCCUGACGCCUGAUGCCUGCCCCUUUCCCAGGGGCCUUCCUCAAAAGGAAGGGAGGGGCUUGGGAAAGACUUCCUCAAAAGUCUCGAGUGGAACUUUCCCUACGAGUGGCGACUUUGGAGGGUUUCUUGUGGCUAUGUUAGGUCCUUCUUCUGUGGAUUAGACCCUUGGACUAAUAUGGACUAGACCACUCAAGGAUGGACUAGGACUACUAGGAGUUCAAAGGGCAAUCCUUGGCGCAAUGAAGGACCGCCUAAAAGACCUCCGGGAGAGGACUCAGGAGUUGCCUGACACAGGAAGUGCUGGUUCCACAUCAGAGGAGGAGGGUCACCAUGACGACUCGGUGGCGGUGGAGGCCAUAACGCCGCAGGCUGUUCUGUUUGGGGAGGAACCCGUCAUUGACAACUUCCUGUCCCAAGUCCAGCUGAUCCGAAAUGAUAUCAGCACCCUGGAGACGGAGGUUCUGAAGUUCAACCAGCAGCAGAAGAUGUUGGUUGCAACCAUGCGGCGUUUUAGCAUCAUGAAGAAGGAAAGCAGCAUUACCAGGGACAUCAAGCUCCGAGCUGAGAGCCUUCACCGACGUCUGGACACGCUUUCAAAGCAAGUCCAAAAAACAGAAGAGCAGCAAGGACCUACGGCCGUGACCGCCAGGAUACAACGGGCGCAGCACGCCGCCAUGCACUCCAAAUUCCAGCAGGUGAUGCGGCAGUACAACGAAGGGCUGUUGACCAAGCAGGACCGCUGCAAGCACUUCAUCAUCCGGCAGCUGGAGGUGUCGGGGAGGGACGUGACCGAGGGGGACGUCAACGACAUGGUGGCCACGGGGAAAUGGGAGGUCUUCAACGAGAACCUGCUGAACGACGCCAGGAUCACGCGGUCCCAACUCUCUGAGAUCGAACAGCGGCACAAGGAGUUGUUGAGCCUUGAGAGCAACAUGAUGGAGCUGAGGGACCUCUUCACGGACAUCUUCAUGUUGGUGGAGGAACAAGGCGCCUACAUGGAACACAUCCAGACCAACGUGGAACAGACCCAGGACUACGUGGCGGCGUCCAACGAGAAGUUCAAGCUGGCCGCCAGGUACAAGAAGAAGAACCCUCUCCGCCAGAUCUGCUGCUGUUGCUGCCCUCCCUGGAAAUGCUGCAUGUGAACUUGUGUUCCAAAUGUCUCCCUCACCUGUUGGGAGUAAACAACCUGGGACCGGAGUGCCAUUAAAGUCAAGGUUAUGGUGGCCGCCAUCCUGGCUCUUGAACACAGCAAUGGUUCGGACGGAUCCAGCAGAGCAGAGAAAACAAUUAAGGGGGAGGCCAGGAAUUGUUUUUUUCGAGGCACUUAUUUCUUUGAAGAGAGCGUGAAGUGACUGCUAUUGGAGGAGACAGUUCUGUGAGUGCUCCUCACCAACAUGGCGGCGUGUAUCCCUGACCUUCACUGUCAUCUGAGAGAGGCUACAAAUACGACUAUUACCUCUGCAACUGUCACACAUUCCAAUCUUCCCAACUUUCUGUUUGUCUGCCAAAAGUAUCUUUUUGUGUCCAGACACUUCAGCUAAAGGAGGGGUCUCAGACACGCGGCCCGCGGGCCCAUCCAUCCAUCUUUUUCCGCUUAUCCGAGGUCGGGUCGCGGGGGCAGCAGCCUAAGCAGGGAAGCCCAGACUUCCCUCUCCCCACCCACUUCGUCUAGCUCUUCCCGGGGGAUCCCGAGGCGUUCCCAGGCCAGCCGGGAGACAUAGUCUUCCCAACGUGUCCUGGGUCUUCCCCGUGGCCUCCUACCAGUUGGACGUGCCCUAAACACCUCCCUAGGGAGGCGUUCGGGUGGCAUCCUGACCAGAUGCCCAAACCACCUCAUCUGGCUCCUCUCCAUGUGGAGGAGCAGAGGCUUUACUUUGAGUUCCUCCCGGAUGACAGAGCUUCUCACCCUAUCUCUAAGGGAGAGACCCAAACUCAUUUGGGCCGCUUGUACCCGUGAUCUUAUCCUUUCGGUCAUGACCCAAAGCUCAUGACCAUAGGUGAGGAUGGGAACGUAGAUCGAGCGGUAAAUUGAGAGCUUUGCCUUCCGGCUCAGCUCCUUCUUCACCACAACGGAUCGAUACAACGUCCGCAUUACUGAAUACGCCGCCUGUCGAUCUCACGAUCCACUCUUCCCUCACCCGUGAACAAGACUCCUAGGUACUUGAACUCCUCCACUUGGGGCAGGGUCUCCUUCCCAACCCGGAGAUGGCACUCCACCAAUUGUUAUAAUUACCAACCCUCCUGAAUUUUCCGGGAGACUCUGGAAUUUCAAGGCGAUCAUUCAAGGGUAAUUAUUCCCGCGAACAUUUGUCAGUUUUCACCCAAACAACAAUGUUCAAUUGCCUUUGACUACAUCUUGUACUAACAGAGUACAAGUUUGUCACUGUUACAAAUAUGCGCCACACUGUGAACCCACACCAAACAAGAAUGACAAACACAUUUCGGGAAAACAUCCGCACUGCAACACAACAUAAACCCGGGCUGGCAUGGCGUUGUGGGUUUAGCGGCCGUGCCAGAAACCUGAGGGUUGCAGGUUCGCUUCCCACCUAUUGACAUCCAAAAACGCUCUGCCGUUGUGUCCUUGGGCAGGACACUUCACCCUUGCCCCCAGUGCCGCUUACACUGGUGAAUGAAUGAUGAAUGAAUUAUUGGUGGUGGUCGGAGGGGCCGUAGGCGCAAACUGGCAGCCACGCUUCUGUUAGUCUACCCCAGGGCAGCAGUGGCUACUGAUGUAGCUUACCACCACCAGGUGUGAAUGAAUGAUGGGUUCCAACUCCUGUGUGAGCGCUUUGAGUAUCUAACAAUAGAAAAGUGCGAUAUAAAUCUAAUCCAUUAUUAUUAUUGUUAUUAUGAACACAACAGAAUAAAUACCCAGAAUCCCAUGCAUCCACCUCCCACCUCUCCCCCCACCCCCCUCCCCCCUGCGUCCGUGGAGGUGAAGAGUUAGGGCUGCAAGGGGUUCUGGGUAUUUGUUCUGUUGUGUUUAUGUUGUGGUACAGUGAGAAUGUUCUCCCAAAAUGUGUUUGUCAUUCUUGUUUGGUGUGUGUUCACAGUGUGGCGCGUAUUUGAAACAGUGUUAAACUUGUUAUACGGCCACCCUCUGUGUGACCUGUAUGUGCGUGUUGGAAUUAUUAAGUCAUCUUUUCUUGCGGCCCAACCUCACCCAGUGUCUGCAUCCAGUGACCCCCAUGGAAAAUUGCGUUUGAGACCCUUGAACUAAAGCUUUGAAACAUGUGUGCAGGUUUUGCUAGAAUUACGUUGGGGUUUGUGCAACAUGGUGGUACAGGGGUUAGUGCAUGUGCCUCACAAUACGAAGGUCCUGAGUAGUCUGGGGUUCAAUCCCUGGCUCUGAAACUUUCUGUGUGGAGUUUGCAUGUUCUCCCCGUGACUGCGUGUGUUCCCUCUGGGUACUCCAGACUCCUCCCACCUCCAAAGACAAGCACCUGGGGAUAGGCCCCUCCCACCUCCAAAGACAUGCACCUGGGGAUAGGCCCCUCCCACCUCCAAAGACAUGCACCUGGGGAUAGGUUGAUUGGCAACACUAAAUGGUCCCUAGUGUGUGAAUGUUGUCUGUCUAUCUGUGUUGGCCCUGCGAUGAAGUGGCGACUUGUCCAGGGUGUACGCCGCCUUCCGCCCGAUUGUAGCUUAGAUAGGCUCCAGCAACCCCCUGGCAGUAAUUGGAUGGAUGUGAUGUAUAUAUAUAUAUAUAUAUACAUAUAUAUAUAUAUA